AUUUGUCUGUGUACAAUCGAAACCACUGCCAACUCUUCUCCCCCUACGACUUUCCAUUUUACACUUGAGAAUUCAAUCUUCAACAGAGGAUUUUGUGUAGUAUAAAUACAUAUUGAAGGGAAUGAGAAGAUUGUAAAAAGAUUUGCUGUUUUGUGUUUGGAUGCCGAGAAAGGAAGCGCUUGAGAUGCGGUCGAGGCUGCUGUUGUGGUUUGCUGUGCUCUCAGCGGCAGUUGCCGUCGUGUGCGGAGGAAGCGUGACUUACGACGGCAGAUCACUGAUCAUCAAUGGCCAACGGAGGCUUCUUUUCUCGGGUUCAAUUCACUAUCCUAGAAGCACUCCUGAGAUGUGGCCAUCUUUGAUUUCCAAAGCCAAAGAAGGAGGGAUAGAUGUGAUAGAAACCUACGCAUUUUGGAACCAACAUGAGCCCAAACAAGGACAGUAUGAUUUCAGUGGAAGACUUGAUAUAGUAAAAUUCUUUAAGGAAGUCCAAGCACAAGGUCUAUAUGCAUGUCUUCGAAUUGGACCCUUCAUUGAGAGUGAAUGGAAUUAUGGAGGUCUUCCAUUUUGGUUGCAUGAUGUCCCGGACAUUAUUUAUCGAUCUGAUAAUGAACCCUUCAAGUUUUACAUGCAAAACUUUACUACGAAAAUAGUAAACUUGAUGAAAUCAGAGAAUCUUUAUGCUUCACAAGGUGGCCCAAUCAUAUUGUCACAGAUUGAGAAUGAGUACAAAAACGUAGAAGCAGCUUUUCAUGAGAAAGGGCCGCCUUAUGUGAGGUGGGCAGCUAAAAUGGCGGUGGAUCUUCAAACUGGUGUUCCCUGGGUGAUGUGCAAGCAAGAUGAUGCUCCUGACCCUGUGAUUAAUGCGUGCAAUGGUAUGAAAUGCGGCGAAACAUUUGCUGGACCAAACAAACCAAAUAAGCCAGCGAUAUGGACAGAGAACUGGACAUCUGUCUAUGAGGUAUAUGGUGAAGACAAACGUGGAAGAGCUGCAGAAGACCUUGCAUUUCAAGUUGCACUAUUCAUAGCAAAGAAGAAUGGAAGCUUUAUAAAUUACUAUAUGUACCAUGGAGGAACCAACUUCGGAAGAACGAGCUCUUCAUAUGUACUGACAGCUUAUUAUGAUCAAGCUCCUCUUGAUGAGUAUGGUUUGAUCAGGCAACCAAAAUGGGGCCAUCUCAAGGAAUUACAUGCAGUAAUAAAACUAUGUUCUGAUACUUUACUUCGUGGAGUUCAAUACAACUACUCUUUGGGUCAACUGCAAGAAGCCUAUCUCUUUAAAAGACCAUCAGGCCAAUGUGCUGCCUUUCUUGUGAAUAAUGACAAGCGAAGAAAUGUCACAGUGCUGUUUCAAAAUGCUAAUUAUGAACUGGCUGCAAAUUCAAUCAGCAUCCUGCCGGACUGCAAGAAAAUAGCCUUCAACACUGCAAAGGUAAGUACACAGUUUAAUACAAGAUCAGUCCAAACAAGGGCAACUUUUGGUUCAACCAAACAAUGGAGCGAAUACAGAGAAGGUAUCCCCAGCUUUGGUGGUACUCCAUUGAAAGCAAGCAUGUUAUUAGAGCACAUGGGUACAACAAAGGAUGCAUCUGAUUAUCUUUGGUACACUUUAAGGUUUAUACAUAAUUCCUCUAAUGCUCGACCGGUACUUCGUGUGGACUCUCUUGCGCAUGUUCUGCUUGCAUUUGUUAAUGGAAAGUAUAUUGCAUCUGCACAUGGAAGUCAUCAGAAUGGAAGUUUCUCUCUGGUGAAUAAAGUUCCUCUUAAUUCUGGGCUCAACAGAAUCUCUUUACUUAGUGUAAUGGUUGGUUUGCCGGAUGCAGGACCAUAUCUUGAACACAAGGUCGUUGGAAUACGUAGGGUGGAGAUUCAAGAUGGAGGCGACUCAAAAGACUUCAGCAAGCAUCCAUGGGGAUAUCAGGUUGGAUUGAUGGGAGAAAAGUUGCAAAUUUACACUUCUCCUGGAUCACAAAAAGUUCAAUGGUAUGGGUUAGGAAGCCAUGGGCGUGGACCACUCACAUGGUAUAAGACAUUAUUUGAUGCACCUCCUGGGAAUGAUCCAGUUGUACUGUUCUUCGGUUCCAUGGGAAAAGGUGAAGCUUGGGUAAACGGACAAAGCAUUGGUAGGUACUGGGUCUCCUACCUUACCCCAAGUGGAGAGCCUUCUCAAACCUGGUACAAUGUACCUCGAGCCUUCCUCAACCCUAAAGGGAAUUUAUUAGUUGUACAAGAAGAAGAAUCUGGGGACCCUCUUAAGAUUUCCAUAGGCACUGUUUCGGUAACAAAUGUAUGCGGGCAUGUAACGGAUUCUCACCCUCCCCCAAUAAUUUCAUGGACGACCAGUGAUGAUGGGAAUGAAAGCCACCAUGGGAAGAUACCUAAAGUUCAGCUUCGUUGUCCUCCAAGUAGCAACAUCUCCAAGAUUACAUUUGCAAGCUUCGGAACCCCUGUAGGUGGCUGUGAAAGUUAUGCCAUUGGAAGCUGUCACUCUCCUAACUCUUUAGCCGUUGUGGAGAAGGCUUGUCUAGGGAAGAACAUGUGUUCCAUUCCUCAUUCGCUUAAAAGUUUUGGGGAUGACCCAUGUCCGGGAACUCCUAAAGCCCUUUUGGUAGCUGCACAGUGUAAAUGAGAGAUGGUAAUUCAGAACCAUAUCUUCUUAGGGUUUCUAGGAGUACUUCAAUUUACAAUUUGAAGGGCAUAUAUCAAUUCUGUAAUAUUUUAAACAUUCAUGCUUAAUAAAAUAUUUAGAAAGUUGAUUGUCA